CUGUUUACUGUUGAUGAUGGUCUCUUGGGAAACAAAACAAAGAAAAAUACCAUGUAAAUUGUAUAUGUACUAAGAAUAAUUUGCUACGUGAAAUCUGAUGUUUAAAUAGAUGGCGCCAUUCAUAGCAAAACUGGGCUAUGUCAUGUAUAACUUAUCUGUGUUCGAACAUGUUCGAAUUAAAUGUGCCGUUCUGAUGAUAACUAAACUUUAAAUUGAACGCGAUAGCUGCGCCUCCAUGCAGCGUAUGCUAUAGAUGCUUCUAGUAAUUUGGACUUUACAGUCCAACUACUUGCGUGUAUAACAUUAAUUUCUAACCUGACAUUAAUCAGUGUUCGUGUUAUUCGACGUUCAUGAAGUACAUAUUCCCAAACGUUUCUCCAACAGCAUAUGAUUCAUUAUUAAAAUUAUCUAAUAAAAUGAAGUUACGUAGUAUCACGUGCGUCAAAUGACAGCAUCCGAAUAUAAAGCAAACUUGUUUGUUAUCAUGUAACUUCUUAAAUGAAAUAUUUCGAGGAAGUAACAGGCGAAUCAAUGGAUAUUUACGAUAGUAUAAAUUGACAUUUUUUGGCGCCACUGGAUAAAUUUUUCAGGAUCUAUACGAAAAAAGAUCUGUUUGAAAAGGUAUUUCAUAAAGCAUAAGCAAAUUGACAAACUACAGAUCUGAAUUGAGUGCAGAUAUUUUCUGAUCACCACUAUGUGCGAAGACGCCCAUCUUAAAGUGCAACGACAACUUUUACAAAAUUUACGGACCACCGUCGAAGGAUUGUUAGUCGACGGUGUUUUAAACGUAUGGAAUGUCUACGGUGGUUUAAAUCGACUUCACCAUAUAAUGGAGCGGAUAUUUAAACAUGGCUGUCGAAUAUUUAAUCGAAAUGGAGAACCGGACUGUUGGAUUUUUAUCCAGGGAUUGAAUUGGCUACAACCUUCUUUAGCAGUUUCCCCUGUUUUAUCUGAAGUAAAGGAUUAUCUUUUAAAUUUACCAGCGAGAAUAACAUCACAAAAAGAUAUGUUGUGGCUAUAUAAAAGCUUGGAGAGUCAUACUUUAUCACAUAAGCUUUCCUGGCUUUUAUCCGACAAGGAACAUUUACUAUCUUGUUUCGAACCAUGGGCAUUUUUGUGUCAAGAGAAUUUGGCUGAAGCCACAUUGUUAUGUUUAAGAGCUGUCGAACGAAAUCAACCUGUGUUGCUGACAGAAAUUGACCCAUUUUUAUUUUUACCUUCUUGGAUUUCUCCUAAAGCAAGACCUAAGAGGCAUCGGCGUUCUUCUUCAUAUCCAAUUAACUUUUCUACUACAAAUUUCAGUGUGGCAAGAGACAGAAACAUUCAUCUUGAACAUUGUCAGUUAGACAUUGUUAAGUUAGAAUCACAGUUAGAAUCACUGAGAAUAUCAGAAAAUCCGAUAAUCCAACAAGGUGAUAUUAAAUCUGAAGAAAACUAUAUAUAUCAUAAAACAUAUUUGAAAGAAGUUAAUAAUAGAUCUUCAGAAACUUGGAAUAGUCUCUCCACCUUAACUAAAGGCUAUACAAUUUCAGGUACACAUUCUGCCUCUUCGUUAAUUAUUGCAGAUACUAGCUCUCAUAAAAGUAAUGAAUCUCAGACUCCUAAAGUCGAAUUGUCGAAGCUAAUUAAUGUAAAUUAUGCUGAAUUGAAGCAAUCUACCUCUACUAUUGCGGAGAACAAAUUAUCUGUAAGACCUAGAACUCCUUUAAGAAAGGCAAAGAGUAGAAAUAAGAUGAAACAAAGUCAGACAAUUGCCAAGUCAAGCGAGAGCUCUGAUACAACAAAUAAUGAGGAUUCGAUAAUAAAUAAGGUGGUGGAGUAUCGAAUUCCAUCCCCUGUACCAAAUGAAACUGAUGUAGAUGGACAUGUAAGAGAUUCCACAGGAAUUCAAAUAGUUCAAAAACCACGAUGGAAGAAUUCCCUUUUGCCCGUAUCAGCACCUGAAUUUACCAGCCCAUGGAGUGUAGAGAUCGAAGGUCAAAAAGAGAUUAGAGCACCAAAGAAAAGUUUUAUGGAAGAUGGAGGUAGUAGUGUUCAACCAAUGGCUAUAGGAUAUUUUCCACGUCCGGCAGAAGGUCAAAGUUUAACAAGCUUUCUAGCAUCUGCACGAUUUUCUAGAGCUAAUGCCGAAUUAGAUAGAGAAAAUGCACAUUUCAGUGUGUGCGAAGCUAUGAUAGCUGCGAUUGAACAAGUAAAAUGCAACCGGCAAUGGCGUCUUCUGGAAGAAGCGGCCGAAGAAAGUGAUGAGGAAAUAAACAGUUUAAAGCAAAGAAUACGUUUAAGGCGUCGACAACGACAAGAGGAACGGCUCAAGGAGAGGACAUGGAAUCGCGAGUUACUGAGCGACGGAAAAACAGAUACAACUACAACCGAUCAGAGUGUUAGCCCUUUGUCGACCUCGACGGAUACUUCAUCUGAUAUAUUUAAAGACGAGAUAGAGGAUGUAGAAAUGAACGACGGACGGAAUGCAUUAAAACUGAAAAACGCUGGAAUUUCGAUUUCCAUGGCAUCUCUGUACUCCGAUGCAGAUUUGUACCAAUCGUCGCCUUCCCAUGGAACAGACUCAACACUGACUGAAGGCAGUAUGUCUGCAGAAGGUGUAGCUUUAUCGCUUAUUAGUAAAUUUAGUGAGAAACAAUUGCCGAGAGCAAGCGAAUUACAAUGGUUAGUCUCCAAGGAAGAUGCACCGCAAGGAUUGUUACCGUUACCUAAAAGUUGGCUUGUUAGUUCAGAGGAAACAGAAAAUUCACAAACGAUUUCGUUGCGUGGGACUACGGAAUGGGCUCCUCCAAGACCACAAAUUAUCUUUACAACACAUCUUCCGCCAGUGCGACGAACUCUUAUAGCCAAACAGAACUACAGGUGUGCAGGCUGUGGAAUGAAGGUUGCAGUAAAAUAUGUGAACAAAUUUCGUUAUUGUGAAUAUUUAGGUAGAUACUUCUGUACUGGUUGUCACACUAAUCAAGUGGCACUGAUACCAGGAAAAAUUUUAUCUAAGUGGGAUUUCAAUAGAUAUCCUGUAUCAAACUUUUCAUAUAGAUUAUUAGACCAGAUGGCCUUAGAUCCAUUGUUUCAAGUAAACGAUUUAAACCCAUCACUUUACAAACGCAUCAAACAAUUAGACAGAAUGAGAUUACUGCGUACACAAUUAUUUUGUUUCAAAGAUUUCUUAUUUACCUGUCGUUUCGCAACAAGUGUUCAAGAAGUACUGAAAAAAGAACCGAAUUAUAUAAUAAGCGAUCCCCAUGUAUAUUCCAUCCAGGAUCUGAUACAGGUUAAAUAUGGCAUUUUGCCAAUAAGAUUACAAGAAUUGGUUGAAGUUUGCCAUAUGCACAUCAUAGGGUGUGAGUUGUGCCAAGCUAGAGGAUUCGUGUGCGAAUUAUGUUCCUGUCAAGAUGUUAUAUUUCCAUGGGAGUUAUCAAAAGUAUUUAGGUGCGAAAUGUGUGGUGCAUGUUUUCAUAAUGAGUGCAAGCAAAACUUUAAAAAAGCAGAUUGCCCACGUUGUAUUCGUUUGCAUUACAGGCGAAUAUCUAGGGAUGAGAAAUUUUGACAUACGGUAAUGUUAUCUUAUAUUGCGCGUUUUCUAGUGGGAUUUGUGAAUUGAUUCGUUAAAGAAUAGAGAGUUGAACCGUCGAUUCCAAAAGGCUAUAUAUUUUUAAUGUUACAGGUAUUUAAGUUUCUAUUUAUUAUAUUCACUUUAGAUUUAUUAGUACAGAUUAUAUAUUCUUUUAAUUUUUUGAAAAUUUAAUAUAUUUAUAUUUAUGGAAUCUUUGAAUCUGUAACGUUCAAACUAUUUAAACUUUUAAGAUACAGUAUUUCUUGGAAGUAAAAACUUAUUUAUUACAUACGUGAAUUUCACAUAUAGCAAAGACUGAAUAAAUGUGAUAUUUAAAUGAAA